CUUUCCCCUAAUGGGCGCACGCGCAGUGGCUUCUCCUAGUGGUCCCUGGCCAUGGCUGAGUGGACACCUGCCCAGGCUUGGGAAUGGGACGUGGAGCCGCCGCCCGUGCCGCCGCCCUUCCAGCCUCCCACCCUCUUUGACCAAAGCGCCGAGAGAGAGGUCUACCCCGCGGCCGAGAUUUCCCUGUGGACGGUGGUGGCCGCCAUCCAGGCGGUGGAGCGGAAGGUGGACUCCUACGCCUCGCGGCUGCUGAGCCUAGAAGGCCGAUCGGCGGCAACCGAGAAGAAGGUCUUCGAGCGCAAGAAGUCGGAGGUGGAGGUCGGCAACCGCCUGGCCGCCCUGGGAAGCCUGGUCCAGCAGUACGGCCAGCUCCGGCGCCGGGUGGAGAACUUGGAGAACCUGCUCAAGAACCGGGACUUCUGGAUCCUGCGCCUCCCGCUCGGCCCCAAAGGAGAGGUCCCCAAGGUCCCCGUCACCUUCGACAACAACAGAGCGAGCGUCUCCAUGCAAGAGUGGGCCAACCUGGAAGACUGGCAAAAAGAACUCUAUAAGAACAUCACCAAAGGAAACUACGAGCCACUAACCUCCCUCGACUCGGCCAUUUCCAAAGUGGAACCUCCUCCCCAGACCGAAGCAGUGGACGCUCCCCCUUUUGUGGGCCAAGAGUUUGCGGAGCGGAAGGGUUUCAGCGCACUGCCCAGGACAGAACCAGAACCUCUGGCUUCCAAGGACGACCUCUUGUCUUGGAUCAAGCAAGAAGAGCCCCCCGGCAAAGAGAAGUGGGACCCCGAGAAAGAGGUUCCUCCUGUUCCUGGCUUUGCGGGCAGCUCUGUGGGCGUGGGGAGUCCAUCGGAGAUGAAGGUCCUGGCCCCUGGUUCCUCCUCUUCGGAGGCGCCCAACAUGGUCAUCGGAGAGGUCCAGGUGCCUCUGGACAUGACAGCCGAAGAGGAGGAGGAAGAGGAGGCGGUUGAAGCGCCCAUAGAGAUGCGUGCGCUGUCCUCCCGCCCGCAGGUGCCCUGGUCCGGCUUCGAGAAGGCCUUCACCUUCGUGCGGCAGAGGGGCAAGAACGUGAUCGUCCAGUGCAGCUACUGCCUGCCGCUGGUCAAGCACCUCAGCUCGGCCUUUGCCUCCGCCUCCAACCUCAAGAAGCACUUGGAGAGAGCUCACCCUGGGAAGCUGAUUGCGAUUGAAAGGGCCAGAAAGGCCAGGCGGCGCGGCAUCUAUUGCGAAGAGCUGAGGCCGGAUGCGGACGCUGCUUUCAGCCGCCUCCCCCGGCACCAGCAGCGGACCCCCUUCGGUCGGUGGGGCUCGUGCAAUGAGACGCUCACCCAGCAGACCCUGGACCGGAAGGUGAUGGACUUCAUUGUGGAGGAGACGCUGCCGCUGGAAACAGUGGACAAGCCUUCCUUCAUUGGUUUGGUGCGCCUCGGCCUUCCGGAAGGGCUGUCCGUCAUGAGCGCCGCGACCCUGCGAGACAGGAUUGAGGGGCAUUCGUUAGCCCUGCGAGAGGCACUAGUGGGCAGGAUGGGGGACGUGGCGCACGUGGCGACCACCGUGGACUGCUGGGCCAGCGGCCGGAAGAGCUUCCUGCGGGUGGCGGCGCAUUGGAUCAACCCGGGCACACUCAAGCGGGAGUUUGGGGCCUUGGCCUGCAAGCGCCUCAGAGGGCGGCCCUCCUACGCCGUCCUGGCUAAAGCCCUGCACGACGUCCACGUCGAGUACCGCAUCCACAACAAGAUCGUCUGCAUGACCGUCGACAGUGGCUCCAACUUCGCCGGGACGCUCCGGGUGUCCAAGGGCAGGGAGACGGAGAUGGCGGAGACGUUCGAGGCGAGCGACAACGACGAGGACAAGGCAGAGGUGGAGUUCGUGCCCUUGUUCGAGAUACUGGAAGCGGGGAACAAAGCCGGAGAGGGGACGGGGGACAAUGACGGUUUCCGCUUGCCUCCGUUCCAGAGGUGCGCCAGCCACACCCUCAACCUCAUAGCGACGUGCGACGUGCAAGGCUUGAUCUCCGAAUCGGCCCAAAACAGCUCCCUUGGCCUUUUCUGGAAACACUUCUCCUCCUUGAUGGCGAAGUGUAACCGACUGUGGCGCGAGCAGAAGGCUUCACCGCAGACAGCGGAGUACAUCCUGGAGCAGUGCGGGGCCUACCUGAAGGUGCCGGACCGGUCCAGGUGGGACUCCACCUACGAAGCCUUGAAGCAGCUGAGCCAGCUCCUCUCCGCCGCGCCGCUCCGUGUCGGUGCCGUGAUGGACCGCUGCUCCUUGGCAAGAGUGACGGCGGAGGAGGGCUUGGCCGCGAGGGAGUACGCCGAGGUCAUGGCCCCACUGGCCCAGGCGCUGGACAUCCUGCGGCGGGACAGCGGCAUGUUCAUGGGCUACCUGCUUCCCACGCUGUACAACCUGGACCGCAAGCUGCGGGAGAUGGAGCACCGGCCCCUGGGGUACACCUACUGCCUGCCCCUCGUGCAAGGGCUGCGCAAGGCUCUCCGGGAGCGCUUCGAGCCCAUCUGGGAGGACAAGAAGCUGCUCCUGGCCGCCUGUCUCCACCCGCGCUUCAAGGCCGACUGGCUGGAAUCGGCUGCCCGGGCAGACCAGACCAGCAGGUACAUGAUGGAGGCCGUGCUGAAGGCCGAGAUCCGGAGCACCGUGGCAGAGGAGGGCGCCGAGCCUCCGGACCGGGACCCGGCCGGGGAGGAGGACCUGGAGGACGACUUCUUCAACCUGCAGCCGCGCGGCCGGCGGUGCGGUGCGGACGCCGUGGACGAGGAGGUCUGGCGCUACUUGAAGGCUCCUGGUCGGGAAGCCUCCUCCUUGCACGCCUUCCCGCACGUCCUGCAGCGCUUCCUGCUCUACAACACGGGGCUGCCCUCCAGCGCCGCCGUCGAGCACCUCCUUUGCGCCGAGACGUGCGCUGCGGUUGAUGCUGGGAGGCAGCCCUCCGACGACAAACUCUUUGAGCAGCUCUUCCUCCUGAAGCAGAACAAGGGCGCCUUUUAGGAUGGGAGUCUUCUCAAGCCCUGGAAACGACGACCAAAGAAUCUUGUGCAACAAGUGUGCAACGAGUGCAGUAACGCAUAUCUGCACUUUGUAUUGACGAAGUAUUCCACAGCUCAAAUCACUUUGGUGUUGUGUGGUUUCCGGGCUGUAUGGCCGUGUUCUAGACAGCAAAGCCUAGAGAAGACAAUGAUGCUGGGGAAAGUGGAAGG